AUGCUUCUCUCUAGCAUCCUCGUUCUUUCUGCCGCUACCUCGCAGCCGAAGCCGCUCAAGUCACCGCAGCCACUGGAAGCAAACCACAACCACGACAAAGAAGCCCAAGACGACUUCAACCACUACAACCACCACCACCAUCAAGACUACCACCACAACGACUGCCACUACCAGCCCCACACCUGCGCUGCCCCUUUGCAAGGAUGGCAAACUGAGCUUCUUCCUCAAGGCAAAGGCUCUCGAAACCCCACAGGCAACGUCGCGCCCCACUCCGGAAUUGGCAAAUUCAUCAAGGACAUCGGCGGCCCCGCCGGCUUCCGUGACGACGGCGAGCAGUUCAUCCUGUCCGAUGAGGGGUUUGUCACAUCCACUUCGACUGAAAACAUCUUCACUGUGAAGACCAGCGGCAACAACAACCCACCUGUCGGUGACAUCAUGAUCGUCAGCAAGGAAGCCUCCAUCUCCAGCAACUGGUCCCCUCUUCGUUGCAACGGCGAGCGCUCCGGUGCAUUGAACUGCAUUGCCAACAAUGGCAACCGCCGUAUCGCUCAGGCUUGCGGCAACUUUAUCAACUUUGAUUCCGCUCGCAAUGGCAACUGCCAGGAAGUCAUUGCCUUCAGCACAAUCCCAACCUGCCGCUUCCAGUAA